CUCCCGCGCGUGACGACGAAGAGGCCGCCUCGAUCCUCCUCCUCCCACCGAAUCGAACAGCCAGCGUGCUCUCCUCCGAAUCCGCCGCCGCCGCCGCCGACGAAGACGGCGAUGGCGGCCGCCACGGCAACGGAGGGCAGGAAGAGGCCCCCGAGGGCGGCGCCGGCGAAGGUGGCGGCGGACUUCGCCAUGGGCGGCGCGGCGGCGGUGGUGGCCAAGACGGGGGCGGCGCCCGUGGAGCGCGUCAAGCUGCUGCUCCAGAACCAGGCCGAGAUGCUCCGGAGGGGCACCCUCACCCGCCCCUACAGGGGCAUCGCCGACGCCUUCGGCCGCGUCCUCCGCGAGGAGGGCGCCGCCGCGCUGUGGCGCGGCAACCAGGCCAAUGUCAUCCGGUACUUCCCCACGCAGGCUUUUAACUUCGCAUUCAAAGGCUACUUCAAGAGCUUCUUUGGCUACGACAAGGAGAAAGACGGAAAAUGGAAAUGGUUAGCUGGCAAUGUAGCAUCUGGCAGUGCUGCAGGGGCUACAACAUCGUCCUUGCUAUAUCAUCUAGAUUAUGCACGGACAAGGCUAGCUACUGAUGCAAUUGAAUCACAGGCAAGCAAACGUCAGUUCAGUGGGCUUCUUGAUGUCUACAAGAAGACACUUUCAACUGAUGGCAUUCCUGGAUUAUAUCGAGGUUUCAGUGUGUCUAUUGUGGGUAUCACUCUAUAUCGAGGUCUCUAUUUCGGAAUCUAUGACACCAUGAAGCCUCUUGUUCUAGUAGGACCACUGGAGGAAAAUUUCUUCGCCAGUUUUGCCUUGGGCUGGGCAAUAACCACGUUCUCUGGAGCCUGCGCCUAUCCAUUUGAUACACUCCGUCGCAGAAUGAUGUUAACUUCUGGGCAGCCUUUGAAAUAUAAGAAUGCCUUUCAUGCAGCAAAACAGAUAGUUUCUACUGAAGGGUUCUUCACACUAUUCAGAGGGGUCGGUGCAAAUAUUCUCUCAGGAAUGGCAGGAGCUGGAGUUCUUGCUGGAUAUGACCAGCUUCAUCGGUUUGCUGGUCAACAUGGUUACAAUUUUGAGAGCAAGAUGAAAGGGGCUUUGAAAUGAUGUGGAAAUGGGAUAAUAGAGGCAUUUCCUUGGUUGAAGUUUGGAUUAGCCAAGUGGGAUGUAUGAGCUAGAAGCCUAGGGUUACCAAGAUGGCAGAACAAAACUCCAGAUAUUCAUGUGGUUGAUAAGAUUGGCGAUGAAGACAACAGCAUUUCCAGGAUGUGAACUUUCAAGGACCGGAGAUGAGGCCCGAAUCAAAAGAUAGGUCUUGCUGUAGAAAGAAUGUCGAUAAUCAUGAAACAGAGAUCUGAUUCCUGAAGUGUGAAUAUCAAUUGGAAAGUUCCCAUGCACUCACACUCAAUGCA